AUGGACUACAGUAUCCCGACUACCGUACCACCGCCAUCAAAUAAUGAUUGGUUUAAUUCGGCCACUUAUCAUGAUAUGCGAAGUGUGGUUAAUGCUACUUAUGAGGUAAGCGAUUUUUUGAAAAUGACCUUAGGGUACUUAGGAGAACCUGAGAGAUCCUAAAAUGAUAUUCGGGUCUUAAAAUGACUUUAGGGCACUUAGAAGAGCCUUAGAUAUUAUAAAAUAACCUUAGGGCACUUAGAAGAGCCUUAGAGUUUCGAAGAUGAUUUUAAGAAACUUAAAAUUGUCGUUAAGAACCUUAGAAAGACAUAGGAUAGCUUUAGAGAUCUUGAAAUGACCUUAGGGUACUUAGGAAAGCCAAAGAGAUCUUAAAAUAACCUUAGGGUACUUAGGAAAGCCUAAGAGACCUUAAUAUGCUUUUAAGGAACCUUAAAUUGUGCUCAAGCAUCUCAGAAAGACAUAGAAUAGCUUUAGAGACCCUAAAAUGACCUUACGAUUCUUAGGAGAGACUAAGAGAUUUUAAAAUGACCUUAGGAUACUUAGGAAAGCCGAAAGACUUUAGGAUGAUUUUAAAGAACCUUUAAAUGACCUUAGGGUACUUGGGAAAGCCGAAAAUACCUUAAGAUGAUUUUGAGGAACCUUGAAAUGGCCUUAGGGCACUAAGAGCACCCUAAGAAAUCUUGAAUGGACCUUAAGGUGCUUAGGAGAGCCUAAGAUAUCAAAAAUUGACCUUAAAGUCCUUAAAAGCAAGGGCCUUAACUAAAUCUGAAGAUUUUUAAGAAUGUCUAAGGAUACCUUUAGAUACCGUAACUUUACCUUAUGUUGCUUAAAAAGCCUAAAGCCAUAACAAUAAAUUUUGCAGAUACCGUACCCAUCUACAGUAACCCUAAAAUAUACGAAUUUCGGAACAUCCAGCGAUCAAAUCGAAACCAUUGAUGCCGGAAGUGUUCACGAUGACAAAGGAAGUAGCUCAACAUCAGAUUCAGUGAGUAAAUAGAUCAAAGUUUUGGCGCCAAAAAGUACAGUACCCCUUUUAGAUGUCUCCCGACACGAUUUUGAUGCCGAUGGUGAAACGUGGAAGACCGACUGAGAAUCCGUGUUGGAGCUAUUUUCAUCGGAUUGAUGAUCAAUUGGUGAGGUGUCGAAUUUGUACAAAGGUUAGGCUUGCGGAGAAAAAGUGUGCCGCAAAACUGCAAAAAGGGGCGGGGCUUAGGCUUAUGUAGUCUCAAAAUGAUCCCCAAGAAAAACUGUGCCGCAAAAUUGCAAAAAAAAAAUUUUUCACCAAAAACCGCGCCGCAAAACUGCAAAUUCUUCCAGCUCGUCAAAUCGGCGUGCGCCACAAAUAUGACCAAACAUUUGGAACGUCACCAUUCGGAUGACUAUGAGAAGCUCGCCGAGCAAAUCCGGCUCUAUCGAAUUAAUGAUGCCAGGUGGGAAAAAACUGUGCCAGGGUUGCAGGAAAAAUGGGCGGGGCUUGAAAUGGGGAGCAUUUUGAUAUAAAAUAUGGCUUGUGGGGUGUCAAAAAGCAUGAAAUUCUUCAACUAAAAAAACCAUGCGGCCAAAUUGCAAAAGGGGCGUGGCCUAAAAUCAAUUUCUUCCAGCUUCCGCACCAAAAUCCAAUACCUCACUCAUAUGAAUCCACCAGAAGACGAUGCCACAUCAUAUCUAAUUCCCAAAGAAGAGUUCACUACAGUACCCCAAACCUACAGUACUCCCGCAACUACAGUACCCCAAAACUACACGGAAUAUUUCGAUCCAUCCACGUCCACAGACACCAAUUGGCAAUUGUCGCAUUUCUGGGAUCAACCACAACAUCAAGCUCCAAUUACCGUACUCCAUCCACCACCGCCUACCGUAAUUCAAUCCACAUCUACAGUACCCUCGGUGCCUACAGUACUCCCUACAGUACCCAUAUUGGCUACAGUACCCGCCGCGAAACGACCGUGGAAUGGUGCUGGAGCGGUAGGAGGCGGCGGUGAACGACCGUAUAUGAAGCGGAAUCGCAAGACGGAACAUCCGGUUUGGGAGUAUUUUAAGAGGACUGGCGACGGAAACGCGGAAUGCACGAUUUGCGGAGGAGUUGGUAGGUCAACAAAAAAGUGUGCAGCAAGAUUGCAAAAAGGGGCGGGGCUUAAGAUUCUUUUUUCAAAAGAACCCUAAAUAUAGGCUUGUGGGAUGUCUAAAAUCAUGGAAUCUUGUAACUAAGCCAACCCUCUGGGUAAUAAUUGUUGAAAAUAAACCGUGCGGCAUAUUUGCAAAAGGGGCGGGGCUUAAAAUUCUUAAAAUUACAAGAAUCCCCAAAUAUAGGCUUGUGGGGUGUCUAAAAUCUCCAAAUUUCCUGAAGAAACCAACCAUGUAGGUCAACAAUCUUGAAAAUAAACCGUGCGGCAAGAUUGCAAAAGGGGCGGAGCUUAAAAUUCAAAGGAACCCUGAAUAUAGGCUUGUGGGGUGUCUAAAAUCCGCAAAUUUCCUAAAAAAGACAGUCCUCUAGAUUAAAAACGUUGAAAAUAAACCGUGCGGUACAUUUGCAAAAGGGGCGGGGCUUAAAAGCAUUCAAAUUCAAAAGAACCCAAAAAACUCACCAUAUAUCAAAAAAACCAUGAAAAAUCGCCAAUUUCCAGUCAAAUCACCGUGCUCCUCGAAUUUCAUGCGUCAUUUGAUGCGUCAUCACACUCCCGAAUACAACGAUGUCUAUAUGAAGUGGGUACAGAAGCGCAAUCAAACCGGCGGAGGACCACCCACACAGCAAAUGUAG